AUGCCCGAGCAGUUUACGUCUUCGCACAAGUUUCGACAACGAUAUUGGACCCGAUCGUUCCUCGGAUAUCCCACAAUCCUGAGAGCCAAACCGAAUUCAUCACACCUCGCCAUAUCAAAGUUAGAAUCCGAUGGUUAUAUCGAUCGACUGAUCACGCAGAAUGUGGACGGAUUACACCAGCUGGCCGGAACCUCAAACAUACUCGAGUUACACGGUAACCUCCACGAGAUUCAAUGUUUGAAUUGCGGUCAUACUAAAUCAAGAUCCGAGUUUCAGGAAAUUUUGAGCGAACUGAACCCAGGAUGGAAGAGAUUCUUGGACAAUAUUGAUAUCACCGAGUCAAAGGUAAAUCCUGAUGGGGAUUAUGAAUUAGAUCAAGAGAGAUCAUUUGGGGAGGGGUCGAGAUCAGACAUGAAGAAGCUAUCGCCUAGAGUUAACCCGGACGGAGACAUUGACUUACCUCUCGAUGCCUCGUAUACGACAUUCCGGUAUCCACCGUGCUUUCAAUGUCUCGCCGGUGUUUACAAGCCGUCGGUUGUGUUCUUUGGUGAAAACAUUAGACCAAUGGUCAAGCACGAAUCACUUGAAAUGGUGACAAAUUGUGAAUUCCUAAUGGUCAUUGGAUCAACUCUUGCCACCUAUUCGGCAUACAGGUUGGUCAGGUCGGCCAAAGAAUUGGGUAAGAAGGUGGUGAUUUUAAACAUGGGUGAGACGAGGGGCGAUUCACUGGCGGAUGUAAAAAUUGAAUCUGAGUGCGGCAAAGUAUUAGCGGGCAUCGUUGAAAGAUUGAACAAUGGUGGCGAUGGGAGUUAA